AUGUCGUCCCCCAAGCGGAACCCUCCUUUCCGGGCCGAGCACUGCGGAUCCUUGCUGCGCCCCCAAGAGCUCGUCCAAAAGAGAUAUGAUGUUGCGGCGGGGAAGGCGCCUGCCUCUGAGCUUGAGCCUCUCGAGGACCAGGCCAUUGCGGACGUUGUGAAGCUGCAGAAGGAUGCUGGGUUCCAUGUCAUCUCGAGUGGGGAAUAUGCCAGACACAUGUUCUGGGGCACGUUCUUCGAGGAACUGAAUGGCAUGAAGGAGCUUCAGUUGGGUGUGUUGAAGGGAUAUGAUCAGUCCAUCUUCCGUCCCUAUGCACCCGACGUCAAAUCAUUUUUCGAAUCAAAGGAGAUUCCCAAUGCUGUCACUGUGUGCGUGGGUCCAAUCAGUCACCCUGGCCAUUCGAGCUAUCAACGCGAAGUCGAUAUUAUGAAGAAAUUAGUGCCUGAGACCGAAUGGAAGAAUAUCAAGAUCACGAUGAUCUCGCCUAGCUGGUACCACUUUAGGUACCGUACCGGACGCAGCUAUCCCAAGGACGUAUACGCGAACGACGAGGAGUACUUCGCGGAUGUGGCCAAGGCGUACCAGGAGGAGCUUAAGUAUCUGCACGGACAAGGAAUAAGGAACAUCCAGAUCGACGACCCCAAUCUUGCUUACUUCUGCUCCGAGUCCAUGUUGGAAGGCUGGGCGGCGGACAAGGACAAUGACAAGACCGCCGAUGAGAUGUUCGAUGCCUACGUCAAGUUCUACAACCAGUGCUUCGAGAGGCCUGCAGAUAUGCACCUAGGUAUCCACCUCUGCCGUGGUAAUUAUGUUGGUAGCAGGCACUUCUCGGAAGGCGCCUACGACAACAUUGCGAAGAAGCUCUUCCAGGACCUGAAUGUAGACACCUACUACCUCGAAUACGACACUCCCCGCGCCGGCGGCUUCGAGCCGCUAGCCCACCUCCCCAAGAACAAGAACGUCGUGCUUGGAGUAGUGACCUCCAAGUUCCCCGAACUGGAGAACAAAGACGAGAUGAUUGCGCGGGUCAACCAAGCCGCAGACUUUAUCGCCCAGGGCACCGGUCAGACGCACGAGGAGGCGCUAAACCAGAUUUGCGUCAGCCCGCAGUGUGGAUUUGCUAGCCAUGCGGAGGGGAAUGCGCUGGGGUAUGAGGAUAUGAGGAAGAAGUUGCAGUUGGUGAGGAGUAUUGCCGAUGCGAUCUGGCCGGGCCAGCCGUGAGUGCUGAGGGUGUUCAUUCGGUGCAUCUGACGGUGGUUGAGGGAAACGGCGUAUGGGAGUGCUUGACAUGUUAGUGCGAAAUGGCACUGGGUUAUGCACUGGAUGCUUGUUUCAACAAUGAGCGUGCAAGGAGUAAUUUGGUCUUAGGAAAGGUUCUAUUUGGUUCAACAGCUGAAGGUGGGAAUCUUACUUUGUAGCAUCAAUGUGAUCAUGGU